ACGGCUCCGAGGUGGCACAGCAGUUUGACAGCUUGCUGCUUCUUUUCUUCUUCGUCCUGGUGGUUGACAGGGCGGUUCAGGGGUUCGCGGCGAUACGAGUCAAGCGCUGCAGUGAUGCCUGAAGCCUGACGCCUGAAGCCUGGAGAGCAGGCGAGAUUGGCACCUGGGAUACAUGUCUUCAAAGCAGUUGAUUGUAGCUGCUGCUGUGUAGCCUGUAUGUCAAGCUGGCGUCUAUCAAUUGUCAACCCCUGACUCGACAGCACACGAUCACUUCAACAUCUAGAUAUCCGGGCGACCCCUCGAAAUAACGAAUAUAACGUCGAGAUGACAUCAGCCGAGGUCCCGCGGCUACCAUGGCAAGGAGACGAAGGGGACCGUCUAAAUAUAUAAAAGCUUCAUCCUAGCAAAUAGCUGGAGCAAGUCAUAUAAGUAGCCACCGCAGCCACCAAUUCUCGACUCAAUUGACGAAGACACAGACACAGCAGCCAUGGCGUCAACGGCAGUGCACAUCGUGGCCAUCAUCACGCCCAAGCCAGGCAAACAUGACGAAGUCGCCAGGAUCCUCGCCGAGACAGCUGAGAAGGUCAAGGCUAACGAGCCUGGAGCCCUUACUUACUAUGGCCUCUUGGAUCGAAAGUCCCAUGAAAUCAUCGUCGUCGAGAAGUACGUCAAUAUGGACGCAGUCAAGGUCCACGGCGGCUCCGAGCACUUCAAGGCCUGGUCCAAGGCUGUUGGACCGUUGCUCGCCGGCCCACCAGUGAUAAAGUAUGCAAGCCAGAUCGGAGGAUUCGAAUCCAAGUCGAAGCUAUAGAAAGAAUAAUUGAUAGUUCAGGUUGCACAUAAUCGAAUACUCCUUUAGCCAGCCUUUAUAUAAAUAGCACUGCUGUGACACUCAAGCUUUUCUCCCGAGCCGUGCUGGUCCUGUAAUCCCUUGCACUGCAUGAAUAGGGCUGCUACAGUCGUGCCACCGGGAACUUGUUCCCCCUUGCCCCUCGCCCCUGGGCGGUUCAAGAUAUAGAUACUCCGGUACGGAGUAAAUGCUGACGGGGUUCCAUGUUCAAAACCAAAUCUCUCAUGGAGAACAACGGCUCUCUAGAGAGAUAACUGUUCAAUGUUCAAUUCUCAGAGAAUAUGACGGUGUCAGCCGCAUGAACUUCUUUUUAGCCGCCGAGUCCGAUGUCGUCCGCCCGUCCGUCUCGUGUACCAUCUCCUUGCCUGGUUAACCUGCUACCACC